AUGCAAUUCUUUUUUAAGUCGGUCUUAUUACGUAGCGGAGCUAUUGCUGCUACUGCAGCUGCGGCGGCUGCGGCGGUUAUAUUACGCACUCUUACUUCCGAAGCUUCGCCUUUUCCUUUAGACCCUUUUAUUAAGCGCUUGCUUAUAUUAACGACCGUCAAGGCUUUAAACAAUUGUACCGCUGCUUUUGCCGCUGCUAAUACCGCUUUCGAUAACUUCCUCGCUUUAAAUGCUGCUUUUUUAAAAGGUGCUGCUAAUAGUCCGAGCGGUUUAGCGAGUGGAAGUGGAGGUUUUGAAAGUAGUCUCGAUAGCUUUAUAAGUUUUGCUUUUGCUUUUAAGACUUUUAAUUUGAAUAUAGCUUUUAUUAAAUUGAAUAGUCUUGUAGCAGCAAACCGUGGUCCGGUGACGCGGAGCGCUUCGAGCAUAUCACCUUUUCCUUUUGCGCUUGCCGCCUUUAUUGCUCUCGUCGCCUCCGCUGCUCUCGUCGCUUUCGUAAUUCCCGUCGCUCUCGUCGCACUUGUUGUCGUCGCUUCUUUUGCGCUAAUCGUUGCGCUUGCCGCUCUCGCGGCAGCGCCCGCCGUUGCUAUAACUCUUACGGAGCGCCGAGCUAAAGUGAAAAGAUUGCUAAAAGCUUUAAUAAAUCUUUUAUUAUAA